AAACCUAGGGUUCCUUUCCCAUUCUGCCGACUCUGGGCUUUCCAGCGAAGCGCAGCUAGCCCGCCGCUCGGUCGCUCAUAGCGUUCCGGUUGCGCUGCCAUCACCGUCCAUGGAGGUUCUCUGGCGACUCAAUCUCUCUGUCUUCUGUUUUCUCUCUUUUGAUCCACUGAGAGAUUUCGCCAAAUGACUCCUCGUCAAGAGGUGUCACUAUACCCGAUCGCAAAGUUUGAUCUGAUAAUUAUCCAGAGUUCACGAAGGUAGCGGUCCGUACAGCGAUCGAUUUCGUAGUGAUGGGAUUCGUAGGGUUCCUUGUGAAGGUUAUCUUCGUUGCUAUUAACAUCAUUGUUGUUGGAUCUGUUUGAGUUGAUGUCGACCUGCGGUUAAAAGGAUCAAAUUCAUGCAUCAGAUUUUGAACUAGAACUUCUUCUUGCUGCAAAACCUUGAUUAAGAGUUUUGUUCAUAUGGCAACUUCAAGUUACCUGACUCAUUGGUGACCUUUACAAAGCCUAAAGAGCUAUAAACUUAAAAAGGUCUCUUUCUUGUGACCUUAGGAUGGGUAAGAAAUUGGUUGUGCCAUGAUUCGCAGGGAAUGGGAAUUCUUCGAAGCCUAGAGAUUUGGAAACUGGGCACUGUCAACUACUUACAAGCACUUAAGCUUCAGGAGAAGCUUGUCUCUGACAGAAAAGCUUGUAAGAUUUCUGAUACUCUCUUGUCCCUACAACAUCCACCUACUUAUACCUUUGGCAAAAGGAGAACAGAUCACAACUUGUUACUACCCGAAGAAGAUCUCAAAAAUAUAGGAGCUGAACUUCACUACACGGAAAGGGGAGGGGACAUUACAUUUCACGGUCCACAUCAAGCCAUCUUAUAUCCUAUCAUAUCCCUGCGUGAUAUUGGAGUUGGGGCACGCAAGUAUGUGGAGAAACUUGAGUUAACUAUGAUUGAAAUGGCAUAUUUAUAUGGUGUGAAAGCUCAUGUUGGACAAACAGGUGAGACUGGGGUGUGGGUUGGGGACAGGAAGAUUGGUGCCAUUGGAGUUAGAAUUUCAUCUGGGAUAACGUCCCAUGGUUUGGCAUUUAACAUGGACCCAGAUUUAAGCUACUUUAAGCAUAUUGUGCCGUGUGGAAUCGCGGACAAGGGCAUUACCUCGUUGAGGAGAGAGACAGAUAAGGUGCUUCCUGUCGAAGAAGUGAUUCAAGAGCAGUUGAUUUCUUGUUUUGCUAAGGUAUUUGGGUUUAGUGAUAUUGUUUGGAAAGAUAAGGCAUUCUCCAUCUCGUGGGACAACCAAAACAUUAAACAAGAUGUUGUAUGAAACAAAACAAGGUAUAUGAUUCUUGGAGGCUUUUGAAAUAUAUGUUGGUAUUUUUAUUGUAGGUUGUUGAAAUAUAUUAAUUGUGAUUACUGAUUAAUAUUGCAAUUUGAAAUAUAAUCAUGUUGAUGUUAAA